AUGCAGAAGGAGUCGGUUGAAGACGAAAUCCAUUCGGUCUGCCGGUUAUGCCUUGGAAAUGAUAGCAGUUUGCGUUCAAUUUUUGACCACGUAACCAUCGAUAUUCCAUAUCUUGUUCAGAACGUUUCUAAACUUGAGAUAUUCGAAGAAGAUUCAUUAUCACAUUUGAUCUGUAGUCAGUGCACCGAUUUCAUUGAGUCCAUAGUAAAAUUCAAAGCGAUGUGUAUUGAAUCAAGUAAUGUGCUGGAGGAAAAAUUGCGACAGCUUGUAGAAUCCCAAAGUAGUCAUCGAAAUGAAUCACCGGAACAUUCAGAAGAGCUGCACGUUGAUAUUAUCAGGCGUGAUUCGUUAGAAGAGCAGACGUAUCCAGGGACCAUUGGACAUGAACAGGAGUGUACCUCAGAAAUCUACUUGGAUAGCGAUGCCGGCAGCGAAGAUGAGCUCACCGGAAGUAGUGAUGACAUGGAAAGCAAAAAAGACUCAUCUUCGCAUUUUACCGAUACUCUUAAAGACAUAACUACGGAUCGUGACCAUAUGCCAUGUGCAUUAUGCGGAGAAUCCAUUCUCAUCGGUAAAAUGAACUAUCAUAUCAAAAGUGAUCAUGCUGACGAUCGUGGGCUUCCCAAGAUUCGCCAGUGUUUCUUCUGUCCGAAAGCGUACUCGUCGUUUGAGCUGCUGAAAUACCAUUUGAAUUUUCAUCCACAAGAGCUAUGGCAAUGUCCGCAAUGCGACAAAAAGAUCGGCAAAAAAAGCUUAUUUAUUGAUCAUUUACGAACGCACGCAAACGAUCGAUUUUAUGUGUGUGAAGAUUGUGGAAAACGAUUCACCACAAUGGCUUACCUUUCCAACCAUCGGAAGAUACAUAAACGGAAAAACUGUAAUGAUACAGAAAAAUCUACGGUGUUUGAAUGCGAGGUAUGUGGGAGGCAAAUGAAGCACAAGUCAAGCUACACCAACCAUCGAAAAUCGCAUCGAAAUGACGGAUCUCCCUCAAAUACUGUUAGGAGAAAAAUUGCCCGAAAAGUUCCCGAAACGUGUAAACCGAAAAGGGUUUUUCUAUGCAACAUUUGCGGCCAUAAUUGCGGAUCAUCCAGCAACUUGGCGGUUCACUUACGCCGUCACAACGGACAGAGCGUUUGCCAUUGUUCGGUUUGCGGGAAAGGGUACCCACGUCGUGCGGAUCUCAUUAUGCAUAUGCGGAAGCACACGGGAGAGAAACCGCAUGAAUGUCCAACGUGUGGGCGGGCAUUCUCACGUUCGGAUAAACUUCGCAUUCACAUCCGCACUCAUACGGGAGAGCGACCGUACGGAUGUCCUUGUGGUCGGGCGUACGCACAGAAAAAUGAUCUUAAAGUACAUCAGAAACGAAACUGUUGUGGACAGAACUUUGGCAUCGCGUAACACCGCGUGUUCAACCUGUGAUCGGACGGACCUUAUCUGUUCUUCCGAAGCCGUACAUCCUAGCUGUUGGAUUCCGUGGAGCUAGAGUCCCAACGAAAUGGACCGACGGUUAUGAUGACGCAUCCUUUCCCCAUCUGCCGAAAGUCGCCACGUGAUCCAUUGUGUUUCGGAUGU